CCCUUCACAUUCACAGACUGCACAGUAAGCUAGAAACCCUUUUCAUUCCUACAAAAGCAGAGAUCCUUGAUGGAGAAGGUAGUGUUCCUGUUGACCUUGCUGGCCUGCGGAUCAGGAGAACAAGAUCUUUCGGGGAAAAUCCUGGUCUUUCCUGAAGAAUCCAAAGCCAACUAUGUAAAGCUGGUUCCUAAGAAAGAAGCACCCCUUCGUGCCCUGACAGCCUGCUUUCACUACGCCUCUGAUAUACAACGCGGUUAUUGUCUUUUCUCCUUAGCCACAGAAGAGCAAGAUAAUGCUUUCCUCAUCUUUAAAAAUAAAUUGGGUGAAUACGAAGUGAUAACAAACUCCAAGUCCAUCUUUUUUUAUGGUGUGCCAGAGCAGAAUGACCUGCAGCGCUGGACACACCUGUGUGUGACCUGGGAGUCGGAUAGCGGCUUGGUUCAGCUGUGGGUUAAUGGGAAGGAGAGCAUAAAGAAAGGGGGAUCCAGAUCAAUUCCCAUCAGCGGGAAACCAUUUAUUGUGCUGGGUCAAGAGCAGGACAGCUAUGGAGGCUCGUUUGACAAAAGUCAGUGUUUAGUUGGUCAGAUGUCCAAUGUCCACAUGUGGGAUCGUGUCCUGUCUCCUUGUGAAAUACAGGAUGUUCAUUUAGGCACAGGGUUUGAUCCAGGGAAUAUCUUGAGCUGGAAGUCAAUGAGUUUUGAGAUUACUGGGUACGUGAUACUGAAUGGCAUGACUGACAAGAACAAGUGUCACACCUCAUCCUUGGACCCAACAAAAGUUUAAAAAGGGGUUCAAUGAAAAUGGUCUUAAUAUGUAUCUGAAUUUAGUCUCCUUACCGCUCUUUAAUGUAACCUUCUGUUCUAUGUCGAAGGGUUAAAAAUUGUUUCUCUGUAAAGCACGUUCAGAAAAACACCAGCUGCAACAUUAAAGUAUUGGCUGCUAAUAAGACCAGGGGCCUGCAGACACAAAGAGUGCUUGUUUUAAGAAUCCCAAAGAAUUGAUUUUGUGUAGAAGGCAAAUUGUAACUACCUGCUUUUAGAAAACACUGAUAUAGUUCAAUUAUGUAGACAUCUUCCGAUUAAAGUAGAAGUUUGCUUAACCAAUAUAAAUACAUUUUAAAAAUAUUGUUUCUUUUUGAGACUUAAGCUCUUUGUAUUCCUUAUCAAGUAAAUUUAUAAAAGUUCAGCUGUAACGUUUCUUGUUAGAACCAUCCUCCUAAUUGCAGGAAGGGUGCUUCUCUUUGGCUAAAUAUACAAUAAACUCCUCUUCUGCUUGACAAAA